AUUUUAACUCUUCUGAAAAUGCAGAAUCAUCGAUAAAUCUAAUGUAAAAAAUUUGUUAGAAAAUUAAUAGAUUUCAAGAUGGUCGCCUCCAAUGGAGGAAGGAGUUUGUUAGCUUUGACGAAAAAUGUUUCCACCUUCAUUCGCCCUUUUGAAUUUCGAAAAGCAAACGUAUUACCACUUAUUAAGGAGCAGCAUCGAGCAUUGACUGUAUAUCCAGCUAGUCAGUUAAAAGCAAAAUAUGGAGGUCGAUUUAUGGUUUCGAUGCUUCCUGGAGAUGGCAUUGGACCUGAAAUGAUGGAUUAUGUGAAGCAAGUGUGCAGAGCAGGAAAUGUUCCAGUAGAUUUUGAGGUAGUGAAUUUAGAUUCAACCAAGGAACAUGUAGAUCUGUUAGCUGAAGCUAUUACAUCAAUCAAAAGAAAUGGAGUUGCAAUUAAAGGGAACAUAGAAACAAGAGAACAUAGUAAAUUAUUUAAAUCAAGAAAUGUUGAACUAAGAUUACAGUUAGAUCUGUUUGUUAACAUCCUUCAUUGCAAAAGUCAACCUGGAAUAAAGACACGUCAUAACAACAUUGAUAUUGUUUUGAUAAGACAAAAUACUGAAGGAGAAUAUAGUUGUAUGGAACAUGAGAAUGUUUCUGGAGUUGUGGAAAGUUUAAAAAUUAUAACCAGGAAAAGAUCAGAAGAAAUUGCUCAUUAUGCAUUUGAUUUUGCUCGCAAACAUGAUAGGAAAAAAGUAACAGCUGUCCAUAAAGCUAACAUUAUGAAAUUGUCAGAUGGUUUAUUUCUAAAAUGCUGCCAUGAAAUAGCUCGAGAAUAUCCAGAAAUUAAAUUUAAUAACAUGAUCAUUGAUAAUUGUAGUAUGCAGUUGGUAUCCAAUCCUAAUCAGUUUGAUGUCCUAUUGUUACCGAAUCUCUAUGGAAAUAUUUUAAAUAAUAUUGCAUGUGGUCUUGUAGGUGGUCCAGGAAUAACUUCAGGAAAAAAUUUUGGAAAGGAAUAUGCACUUUUUGAAACAGGAACCAGAAACACUGGAAAAAGAAUUGCUGGAAAAAAUAUUGCCAAUCCAGUAGCAAUGUUAAAUGCUGCAGCUGAUAUGUUAGAGUAUUUACAGUUGAAUAAACAUUCUACAAUUUUGAGAAAUGCUAUUGAUAAGACAAUAAAUAUUGAUAUGAUUCAUACUCCAGAUUUAGGUGGAAGUUCCACGACACAAGAAGUGGUAGGGAAUAUCGUCAAAGAAGUCAAGUUGAAUACCUCUCUGUGAUGUAAAUAAAAAUCUUGUGCUUCCAAUCAGAUGCAACAUACCAUAUUCUUCACUCACUCGAUUUGUUAGAAUGUUAUUUAUAUUGUUGGAAAGAUUUUUGAAAUAGAUAAGAAAUUUUUUGACAUAUUUUAAGUAUGGUUAUUUUAUAAGUAAUCUUUAUUUUUAAUUAAAGAUCACUUGAAAGAUGAGCUAAGUGGACUGCUCCAAGCUUUUUGUUAAAAGAAUAGAAUUUUUUUGAGUCAAGAGAUAUUUAUUUAAUGAAAAAAGAAUUAUUUUUUAGAAUAUUGUGAGGUAGACAAAAUAGUUUAUCAUUUAAUAUUUGACAAUUGUAACGUG